GUCUCUUCUGUUCUCCCACCAGUCGGUCCCAUCAUGAAAACGUUCGCUCGAUUACCCAUCUACCAGAGCAGGCUCGUCCAGCAUAAUCCCAAAUCUUUGCCAUCGGGGUCGCGCUCAUUCGCAAACAAGGCCGCUCCCUCGGCGCGAUACAAAGCUGCCACUCACGUUCCUUCAACACAAAGCGCUAAUGAAGCUACCACCAAAACUUUGUCGCGUGCAUCGACGUAUCUCUUGCCUGUAUACGCCCGACCGGACUUUGUUCUUUCCCAUGGAAAGGGAUCGUACGUUUGGGAUACAGAAGAUCGGAAAUACUUGGACUUCUCAGCCGGAAUCGCUGUAAAUGCACUGGGACAUGCUGAUGAGGGAGUGGUAAAAGCCAUAUCGGAUCACGCAGGAAAACUCUCGCACACCAGUAAUGUCUAUCAUAAUGAGUGGACGUCCCGGCUCGCAGAGCUUCUCGUUAUUCUAACUCAGAAGGAAGGAGGGUUAGGCUUCCCCUCUUCUGGCUCCGGCGCUCCAGCUGCUGCUGAAGGAGUCAAAGUAUUCUUUGCGAACUCUGGUACUGAAGCCAAUGAAGGGGCGCUCAAGAUAGCCCGAAAGGUUGGCAAGGACCGGUGGGCAGCAGCGGAACCUGGGCGAUCUUGGGACUCAAGCGGUUGUACUAAAACGCGGUUGGUCUGCUUUGAGAAUUCAUUCCACGGAAGGAGCAUGGGUGCCCUGAGCGUAACCAGCAACCCCAAAUAUCAAUCCCCGUUUGCCCCGUUACUGCCAGGAGUCGACGUUGGUAAAGUGAAUGACUUCACGGGCCUGCACGAGCUGGUGACUGACAAUACUUGCGCUGUCAUUGUGGAACCGAUACAAGGGGAAGGGGGAAUCAACGUGGCCCAAACAGAAUGGCUUCAGGCUUUACGCAAACGAUGUGACGAGGUUGGAGCAGUUCUGAUUUUCGACGAAAUCCAGUGUGGGUUGUACAGGACGGGUUCUUUGUGGGCACAUUCCACGCUGCCGGUUGAUGCUCAUCCAGACAUCGUGACCAUGGCAAAGCCGCUUGCCAACGGAUAUCCUAUUGGAGCGGUUAUGAUUCGAGACUCGGUUGCUUCGACUAUGACAGCAGGGACGCACGGGACGACCUUUGGAGGCUCCCCACUCGCCAGCGCUGUUGGUCAUUAUGUACUUUCGCGCCUGUCGGAGCCUUCCUUCGUAACUCAAGUUCAGGAAACAAGUGCUUAUCUCACUGCUCGGCUAGAACAGCUGCCAAAGUGGUUCCCGGAAGUGCUACAGCCUCAUAUUCGGGGGAGGGGGCUGAUCCUUGGACUCGGAUUCAAGAAUGUUUCAGACCCGAGUCGGGUAGUUCAGUUAGCGCGAGAGCGAGGUGUAUUUGUCUUGACGGCAGGAAAAGACGCCGUACGGCUGGUGCCUAGCCUGAAUGUUGGAAAGGGCGAAGUAGACUUUGCGGUAGAUGUGAUAGAAAGCUGCCUGGGAGAGCUGUAGAUAAAUCAAUCACAGUGCGCAGCUGUAACCGGACAAGGAUGUAAAUCAAAUACCGUAAAUGGUAGCGCGGCACUCGGGUCUCUGGGC